GUAAUUCCUUAUCGCUCAAAAAAACAACAACAAGCAGGCAGGUUCUCCGUGGUGUCAACUCGCGUUUGUAUCUAGAUUUUCCUAUAUUCUGUGGAAACAGUGAGUGAUGGUGUGACAGUCGAAGAUAAGUACAUCUCUACAUUAACCUCCAUUUCUCUCUCACAUAGUUGUGCUUUAAAUCGUUCUCUUAUUCUCCAAUAUUGAAGCCCUCUCCAUCAGUGUAUAUGUUCUGAAUACACCUUCAUCAACUCAUAAUUUUUUGAUCUUGAAGAAAUGACCAUUUCUUCCUCCAGCAAGCCAUGGCUUGCCAAAUGCUUAACGAUGCCUCCAAAAUACAUACAAGCAUCCAUCAUCAUAUCAAUCGGUGGUAUUCUAUUUGGACUUGAUACGGGGACUAUCGCUCCCCUAACAGUGAUGCCUCAAUUCGACGAAACUUUCGGCAAACUCUCAUCGACAGUUCAUGGCCUCGUUGUCUCCACAAUCCUCAUCCCCGCAGCUCUCUCCUCAAUGUUCACUGGUCAUUUGGCCAAUGCUCUCGGUCGCUUAGCAGCUACUGCAAUUGGCUCCUUCAUCUUUGGUAUUGGUGCUACUAUUGAAUGUACUUCUUUUCAACUUCCUCAGCUUUUCAUCGGGCGUGCUAUAAAAGGAGUCGGCGAGGGCUUCUUCCUAAGCACAUUAGUCGUCUACAUCACCGAAAUAUCACCCCCAUCCCAGCGAGGUACUUUGGCUAGUCUUCCACAACUUGUCACUACUUUGGGGGUUCUAGUAGGUUACUUUAUGUGUUAUGGUUCUGUGGGAAUAGAAUCAAGUCUGAGUUGGAGAUUACCAUUUGCGGUACAAGCAGUUAUCGCAUUCUUGUUCACGGCCAGCACCAUGAUGUUUCUACCGCAAAGUCCAAGAUGGUUAGCGGCAAGAGGAAAGUUCGAGGAAGCGGAGCGGGUAUGGUCAGAUCUAAAGCUCCCGGAAAAAGAGAGAGAAACGGUGGAGGAUGAGGUAGAUGAUAAUGAAAAGGCGGAUCAGAAAGUGAAAGCGAAAGAUAUGUUCGCGAUUUUUGCACCAGAUGCUUGGAAGAGGACAGUUUUGGGGUUAUUCUUGAUGGGAAUCCAGCAGGCGGCUGGUAUUGAUGGUGUUUUAUAUUACGCACCCCUCCUCUUCCAAUCCGCCGGUUUAACUUCUUCAACUGCCUCCUUUCUCGCUUCGGGUAUUUCCGCUCUCCUAAUCUUCCUUACAACCAUCCCAACCUUUAUCCUCGCCGAUAAAUGGGGUCGCAGAACCAGCACCAUCGUCGGUGGUGUUGGCCAAUUUGUCGUCAUGUUCAUCAUCGCCUCUCUCUAUGCCUCCGGCUCUGUACAUUCCUCCUAUGGCGCCGGUCGAUGGGUCGUCAUCAUAUGCAUCUAUCUCUUCGCCAUUGUAUUUUCCGCCACAUGGGCCGUAACCUUUAGAGUAUACGUGGCCGAGAUUCAAAGUGGAAAAACGAGGGCCGGAGCAACGAGUUUGGGGUUGAGUGCUAAUUGGGCGGUAAAUUGGAUAAUAGCAUUUACGACGCCUAUCUUUCUAUCAAAGAGUGCGAGUGGAUGUUAUUGGUUAUGGGGAAGUGCUGCUUUAAUAACAGUCUUUGUGGCAGUGCUCUGGAUGCCGGAGACAAGGGGAAAGAGUCUAGAGGAAAUUGAUGCCAGUUUUAGGAAGGGAGAUAGGAAGGGCGCAGUUGUAGGUGGUGGAGUUUUGGAGUUAGGGCCCGUGGAGUAUCUGGAAACACAGGACGGAGGGGAAUAUGAGAAGGAUGGCAAGCAUGAUAUGAAAGUCACUUCAAGGGUUGUGGUAGAGACUCCGGCUUCGAGUUCUACUGUGUCAUUGUCGUGAUUUAGUAUGGAAAGACACUUUAAGAUCUGGUGCUAAGGAGUUUAUGGAUGGCCCCUAUGGUAUAUCGCCGUGGUGGAGCAUCAGGUUAACGAGUAAUGACGAUAUACGGUAAAUGGCUAAAGGGUACAAAGGAUAGACUGGAACGAAAAAGGAUAGAAUUGGUAUAGAAACUAGAGCUUCACUAAACGAGAAAUGAGCGAAUAUAGAUUAGAACUACA